AUGGCCUAUGAUAAGGAUCAUGAAACUCAAUACUGCUUUCCUGCCAUCAACUCAUCAUGUUUCAAGAAGCUUCACACUCCAACAAACCUGCUCAUUCUCUCUCUGGCUGUGGCCGACCUGCUUAUUGGACUUAUUGUGAUACCCAUAGAGGGCAUCAAACAAAUUGAGACGUGUUGGUACUUUGGAGACACUUACUGUGGACUGUUUGUAAUUAUUGUUAGGUUGCUUCUUUCUACAUCUCUUAGUAAUUUAGUUUUAAUUGCUGUUGAUCGUUAUGUGGCUGUGUGUUACUCUUUAUUGUACCCACAGAAAAUAACCAUAACUAAAACCUUAACAAGCAUCUGUCUCUCCUGGUUUUGCUGUUCAGUUUACAAUAUUUGGUAUGUAAUUAGUAACGGAUAUUUUAACAUCUCAGACAAAACAAUGUGUUACGGCCAGUGUAUGGUUUUGAUUACUCCUGCUUGGAGAAUCACUGAUUUGAUCAUUUCCUUUUUAUUUCCUUGUACUGUGAUAAUCACUGCAUAUUUGAGGAUAUUUUAUGUUGCACAUCAGCAAGUGAAGGUUAUUAACUCUCAAAUGAAUGGUGUAAAAUGUGUAAUGGAACUUUCAGUGAGGAGGAAAUCUGAGAGCAAAGCUGCUCUGACAUUAGGAAUCAUUGUGACAGCUUAUCUGCUUUGCUGGAUUCCAUUCUACAUCUGUUCUCUAACAAAAACCACAACUAUUUCAUCCACUACAAUGACAUUGCUAGUAUGGACCUUUCAUAUAAACUCAGGUCUGAAUCCUAUUGUCUAUGCUUUAUUUUACCGCUGGUUUAAAAUAUCAGUUAAACACAUCCUAACUCUUAGAAUAUUUCAGCCAGCAUCCUCUCUGAUGGACAUUUUUACAGAAUGUCAUUCAUGA